CAGUAGUCACAUCAGUAUGGCGGUUGUAGUUGUGCAGGAUCCCAAUAAGGAAACGAAUUGGAGUUCAAAUCUAUGUUCCUGUUGCCAGGACUUAAACUCCUGCUGCUAUGCAUACUGGUGCUGUCCGUGUUUUGCCUGCACCACUACUAAAAUGUUUGGGGAGAGCAGAUGUCUGCCUCUGGUGGAUAUACUAGGACCUGCUGUCAUGGGCAAUUUCGGAAUUGCAAUUUGUGUGCCACCUGUGACUUUGUCAUUGAGAGUGGCAAUGCGACACAAAUAUAAAAUCAAGGGCAGUAUCUGCAACGAUAUCGCCGUGUCUUGCUGCUGUGUUAUGUGCUCAUGGUGCCAGAUGCACAGAGAAAUCAAAGCACGCAAUAAUAAGCCAGCAAACAUGGUAUUGGUCACACAACAACCACAGGUUCAACAAACAACCACCACAACACAAGUGAUCACUUCACAGCAGACAAUUGGAAUGGCGGCUCCAGUUAUCACCACAGUUGUUCAAUAAAAAGUCCUACUCAGAUGUGCAUUACACCUAAUGAUGAU